AUGACAGGCAGUGUUUUGGCAAUGAAAAAAAGCACAGCAAAAGAAAGAACGCUGCGUUCAUUGAAUAUUUCUAGCAAAAGCGACAGUGCUGGCAGGAACAUAUCAUCACCAGGCUCCCGGGAUAGUACACCAAGACGUGAACAGGGCGCUAUUGCCAAGCACAUUGCUCGUAUCCGAGCGUCUGCUUCAAAAAGCGGUGCCCACAGCAAUGAAGCAUCACCGCACAGCGAUGAUACACGUUACUACAGCAUGCAGACCUCAUUCGCGAGCAGUACCAAAAGUCUCAGUUCCACUUUUAGCUCGUGA